CUCGAAUUUUGAGCUUCCAGGGACAAUUAGCAGGUUUCGUGAUUAUCAUAGCCUUUGAAUAGACCAAUCUCUUACACUGACUACUGAUGGGGAAUCGGGGCCAGCAUUUCCCCGUGAAACAAAACCUUCCUGAAACCAGAAGCCAAACCGGCAUCAGAUCCCAAGUCGAGCGCUCAGAUCUCACAAUUCAGCAUGUCAUUUUCUCAUCGGUCUCGCCAAUUACCACUCAUGUGGCAAGUCCUGUGUUGUUAUGCUAUCAGCGGCGUGCUCAUAUGGCUUGAUCAUGGCUAUAAUAAUAUUGGCCGCAAGAAGGAAUCCAGCAUAAAUACCCACAUCGUUCUUGUCUGCACCUCAACUUCCACCCGGACCGAGUCAUGAUCCCCGCCCGAUUCAAGCUCGACCUUACACAACUACCAAGGGCCUCAACUGAACCCUUCCAAGCUAGCGCUAAAAUUAAGAAAAGAAUCAUUGUGUGCUGCGAUGGAACCUGGCAAGAUGGAGUGAUCGUGAAGGAGUGUUGGAAGCAAACCAAUAUCCUAAAACUAUCGCGGGCAUUGGAACAUGUGGAUGAACGAUCGUAAGCUCAGCUAUCUCGGGCAUGUCCUUAUUUUGACAUUCAUAUACGUCGACAGGGGAGUUCCGAUCCCGCAGAUCGUCUACUACCAGUGUGGCAUCGGAUCCGGGCAAAAUUUUUACUCUGAAUAUGUCGAUGGUGCGACAGGAGGAUCCCUCGGUGAAAAGGUCCAAGAGGCUUAUGCGUUCAUUGCCCAAAAUUACCACCCCGGUGAUGAA